GCCAGCAGCCAGGAAGGCUGCUGCAGCGGAUGGCGGCGCUGUUGUCCUCGCUACCCCAUCGAGGGCCAUGAGUGAGCCCGUCCAGUAUCCGAUGCUGACGGACACAAACUACUCGCCAUGGGCUGCGAAGAUGAAGGUCCCGAUGAAGCCGUUGCGUGUUUGGUCCGCGAUUGAAGGCUCCGGUUGCGGAGUGCGACACCGCGCGUGAGGCGUGGGAGAUGAUCCGGUGUGCGCGCCUCGGUGAGGAUCGCGUGAAGAUGGCGCAUGCACGCCAACUGAAGAGACAAUUUGAUCGCCUCGAUAUGGCGGAUGGAGAGACGAUUCCGGAGUUCGCCAAGAAGCUCAUCCAGCUGGUGAGCAAGAUCCGCUCUCUCGGCAUCACACUUGAAGAUGAAGCUGUGGUGGAGCGGCUCUUCAGCGCUGUUCCAGACCGUUUCACGGACAUCGUCAACACCAUUGAGCAGUGGGGUGAUGUCUCCGCGAUGACGGUGCAAGAGGCUAUUAGGCGCCUCACCGCGUUCGAGCAGAACCAGCGCGGUCACCGUCAGAGUGGUGGCGAUGAAGGUGAGAAGCUGAUGCUUGUUUCACGUGCCCAGCUGGAGGAAUUGAUCCUUAAAGAGAAGAAGAAGGGGGUGGGCUCCAGUAGCGGCAACAAGAACGAUGACCAGGACAGGCGUGGUGGUGGCCGCGGCCAGGACGGCAAGAAGAAGGAACGGCGUGGCAAGUUCGACAAGUCGAGGAUCACCUGCUUCCAGUGUGGCGAGAAGGGCCACUUCGCCUCUGAGUGCGAGGAGCCGAAGAAAGAAAAGGCGCUGCUCGCCGACGCCGGCGACGACGAACCAGCGCUGCUGAUGGCUGUGGCAAGUGAGCUCGCGCCGGUGCUACAACAUGCCGCCGACGUCGUCCAGCCAGAAGGUAUAGAGGUGAAGAAGGUGCUUUGCCCCUUAGCCAUCGAGUCUGAGUUGGAAGCUGUCAAGGCAGAGGCAAACCGGUUGCGUGGUGAACUGGUCGCAGCCCAAGUGAAGUUGCACGCCAUGUCCAAGGAGUACAGUGCACAGAUAGCGAGCCGCGACGGUGACCACACGCUCCUGCUUGAGUGUGUGAAUGCAUUAGAGGAGGAUGCAAGGCUGGCCAGGGAGGAGAAUGGCAAGCUGCUGGAGGUGCAACGCGUGCUCCGCGAAGAGAACAACGGACUGCAUGAUAUGGUAAAGAAACUAAUGGCAAGAGCCCUCCCAGCAAGUGCAGCAAUAGCAGCAUCAGCGCCGGUAGCUGUGACGCCGGCCGUGAAGUCACCAGGCGUGGAGAUGCCCGCCAUGGAGUCACUGGACGUGGAGACACCAGUCGUGAAGGAGCUUGGAGUGCAGCUCAAAGUGAAGGAGAAAGUAUGCUCAGAGGGGCACUUGCAAUCUGUGGAGGUCCCUGAUGUGGUCUUGCUGAAUGAAGAGAAAAUCAAGACCAAGCUAAGUGCUGAUGAGAGGUACAAUGGUGAGCUUUGGUAUGUUGAUACAGGUGCAAGCAACCACAUGUUUGGUUGUUCAAAAAUAUUUACUGAACUUGACUCCAGCGUGAACGGGACCGUUUGCUUUGGGGAUGGGUCAGUGGUACAAAUUUGUGGCCGAGGCACUGUCUUGCACAGCUGCCGUAGUGGUAAGCAGCAUGUUCUCAAGGAUGUGUAUUUUAUUCCCAAGCUUAGAAGCAACAUAAUUAGUUUGGGUCAGCUGGACGAAGAAGGGUGCAAGUCUGGGGUAUUCCAUGGGCACCUGAACUUUUUUGGUGGCUCGGGAGAGCUGCUAGCUAAGGCGCACAAGACAAAGAAUCGACUCUACGCACUGAACCUGAAGGAAUCUGUGUGCCUACCGAACAUGAAGAAGUGUUCAGUACCAGGUGAGGGGGGGUGUUAUGCAUGGUGAUGGAGCUUUGCUUGCAACAUCCACAGGCUCUUCAAUGUACAAGGCGCCAGUGCCGACAAGUGAAGCGAAGAAGAGCGGCACGGCAGCACGCGUCGUUAUCGGAGUUAAGGCAGCAUGAAAUUUCAGCACGCAAUAGAAUAAAUGAAGAUGAGGUAACAAGAUUAGGGGGUGAUUAUUGGAACUAAUCUCGUUACAUCUUCUGUUUAGACUAUUUUUAUCCUUCGCUUCCACGUUAUAUGUAAUUUUUUUAGAGUCCUAGUCACGUAGGAGUGCUUGCAUGCAUUGUUUGUUGUACUGCAUGCGAACUACAUGGGCCAGAGGUGUGCUAGUUCACGCUGCGGCAAGGUUGUUUAGUUGUUAGGAGUCUACUGAGUCGUCUGGCACUUUCCAUUGCAUCAUGGGAUGGCACGACGCUUUAAGUGGAUCGUGGUGGACUUAGAUCUUUACUGGAUGGAAUAAAAGGAAAGGGCGAA